AUUUUAUACCUUGAGACGUCUCUACUACUACCCAGGUAUAUAAUUAGGGAUACACUCAAAAGACUCGUCACUGGUACAGGACUGGCGGCGGAAUCGACUAAAAUUGCUCCGAGUUUUUCCCCCCAUUUUUUUCAACCAUGGUUAUAAGGAAGGUGGCAGUGAUUGGAGCUGGUGCAAGUGGCCUGUCUGCGAUUAAAUCAUGCCUAGAAGAAGGCCUGGAACCAAUUUGCUUUGAGAAAGGCACUGAUAUUGGAGGACUGUGGAACUACCACGAGGACAACAGACACGGACAUGCAAGCGUGUUCAAGUCGACCACUAUAAACACAAGUAAAGAAAUCAUGGCGUUCAGUGAUUUCCCCAUUCCAAGUAAAUACCCGAAUUUCAUGCCACAUAACUACGUACUAGCGUACUUCAGAUUGUAUGCGGACCGUUUCAAACUGCUGCCGUACAUCAAAUUCAACAUCUGUGUUGAGAGUAUAAAACCAAACGCAGAUUACGCGUUAAAUGGCAAAUGGGACAUCUGCUUCAGAGACGUGACCAAACAAGAAGUUGUAACCCAAACGUUUGAUGCUGUCCUAGUUUGCACCGGCCAUCAUGUUGAUCCGAACGUUCCCGAGUUUCCGGGCCAAGACGACUUCAAAGGGAAGAUAGUGCAUACUCACGAUUACAAGAAUUUCUAUGGUUACGAGAAUAAAAGAGUGGUUGUGAUUGGUACAGGUAAUUCGGGUGGCGAUGCUGCAGUUGAUUUAGCAAAUGUUACUUCACAGGUAUUCCUCAGUACAAGACGCGGCACCUGGGUUAUAUUCCGUAUCGCCGAUAGUGGAUUGCCAGGUGACUUUGUCGGAGUUAGACGCUAUAUUUCUGAGUGGUUACCAGAGUCGAUGUUGGUUGGUAUCCUGGAGAAGAUGAUGAAUAAACGAUUCGACCAUGCUCUUUUCGGUCUGUUACCUAAACACCGAGCCAAUCAACAGCAACUCAUGGUAAACGAUGCCCUGCCCAAUGUGAUUCAGACCGGACGAAUUUGCGUCAAGCCGAACGUAAAACGCUUCACCAAUACUGGCGUGGAAUUUGAAGAUGGUACGUUUGAAGACGGUAUCGACAGUGUUGUCAUGGCGACCGGAUACAAGAUUAAGUUCACAUUUCUCGAUGAGUCUGUUGUAAAGGUCAACGACAACGAGGUUUCUUUGUACAAGUACGUAUUUCCACCAUUACUAAAACAUGGUACGUUAGCAGUGAUCGGACUCGUUCAACCAAUAGGCUCUACUGUCCCCAUCGCUGAAAUACAAAGUAGGUGGGCAACCCGCGUGUUCACAGGAGCCGCUAAGUUGCCACCAAAAGAUAUCAUGUUGGCAGACAUCAAUGCGAAGCGGGAAGCCAUGGCGUCACGAUAUAUCAAAUCACAGCGUUACACAAUACAGGUCGACUAUAUUCCUUAUAUGGAUGAAAUAGCAGCACAAUUCGGCGUACGACCAAAUUUCAAGAAGCUGUUCUUCACUGACCCUAAAUUAGCUUUCAAGUGUUAUUUUGGGCCUUUCUCAACGUACCAAUACCGAUUAAUUGGCCCGGGGAAAUGGGAGGGGGCAAGGGAGACUAUUGUGACGAUUUGGGACAGAGUUGCGGCACCAUUGAAUACUCGCAAAGUCGAAAUGCCCCAAAGAGAUUCCAGCUUUGGCGGUAUUCUGAAAAUGUUAGUGUUUUUAGUUGCAUUUCUUGCAGUAUUUUGGAAAUGUUGUCAGUAA